UGGGAAGCCAGUGGCCUGGACAGGGGCUCUGCAAGGUACUGGCUGCUGUCUCUACUCCUCCCCCUUGCCCAGGGCACUACCCAUCUGGCUCCAACCCCACUGACCACCACACCUGACCAUGCCUGGGGAGGCCCGAGAAGAUGCCAUCCUGCCCAUCAUGGUGAGCCCGGGCUCUGGGACUGUUCCAGCCAGCCACCUCACUGAGGUCAGCCUGCACCCUGUUGAGUCCAUCAGUGACCUGCACAAUGGAGGAACCCUGCACCCCUACCUGACUGAUGACCCUGCCUCGCAGCACUGGGAGGAGCUCAUGGGCAUAUUGCCCUCAUCCCUUUGUGUCCAGGCUGGCUGCACCCCGGCCCAGGGGCGUGGGGCCUUCUUGCUUCUGCUGGCGCUGCUUAUCCUCACCUGCCUUGCCCUUGCCAUCCUGGCUGUCUACCUGAGUGUGCUACAGAGCGAGUCCCUUCGGGUUCUGGCCCACACACUCCGGGUCCAGGAAGAGACGUUGUUAAAGCUCCGGCUGGCCAGCCUCAACCAGUGGCGACGGCUCAAUAGCAGCGAAGCUCGAGGCCUCAGCUGAGGAAUGAGCUCCCCUGUUGGAGCCCAGGACCCUCUGCCGGCACUCAACAGGACAUCAGGCAGACGACCCUCCCCCCAGAAGCCUGGCCCUCCUUCCCUCCGGCCUCUACUGACAUGCCCAAACAGCCUCCCCAUUUCUAUGUUUCUACAGGAGAUUUUUGUAUCAAUAAAUGGCACAAUCUACCAGA